AUGAGCAAAUCUAUGAUAGCCUAUGUGGAGCGAUCAAAAGAGCACAAUGAGUUUAUAAAUAAAGCGAGAGCUGAGUAUCAGAUUGGAAAACGACAUCUUGCUAAUAUGAUGGGCGAAAAUCCAGAUAAUUUCUCGCAAGAUGAAGUGAAUAAAGCAAUAGAAUAUCUAUUUCCAUCGGGAAUAUAUGAUCCACAUGCUAGACCUGUUAUGAAACCUCCAGAUGAAAUAUUUCCACCUCGAAAAGCAGCAGAAUUCGAUGAAUCUGGAAGACCAUUCAAUUCAAUGUUUUAUACAUGCAGACCAAAUUAUUAUCAAACACUUCACAAAAUUGUAGGCAAAAUGCAUGAAUUGGAUGAAAAAGAAGAUGAGCUUUAUGAAAAGGGUUUACGACCAAAUGAAAAACUAAAACUUGAUCUAGAAACUUCAGUUUGGAUUACAAAGUCAAAUUUUGAGAAAAUGCUUCUUGAACCUUUGCCAGAUAACUUGUAUGAAUACUUUAUAAAUACUAUGGAGAGAUUGGCAACUCAUCCCAUAUCUUAUGAAGCUAAAGACUUUAUUAUGAACUAUAGGAAAAAAUUGAAAAAUAUUUCUGAUGCCAUUGAAAUACUUUCGAUUCAAUAUGACGCAGAUGGAAGAUCCUUCGUUUAUGUCUCUAAUUGUCAAAGAAAAAGUGCAAAAGCUGAUGUAAUUCUACGAGGCGAAGGUUCUGGUAAAAUAACAAUCAAUGAGAAAUGA